AGCUUUGUGGUGGGAGUAACCUAACCACUCAACAAGAGUGCUUUCUGCAUUCUUCUGUGCAAAUUCGUUAACUUCCUCUAAAAAUCGCAUUGCUGGUGUGCCAUGGAGCUGCUUGUAAAUGUAAGAAAAUGGAUUGAAGAAAACAAAACUGCUUUUUUACCCCCAGUGUGCAAUAAGCUCAUGCACCGCCAGCAGUUGAAUGUCAUGUUUGUUGGAGGACCAAACCAAAGAAAGGAUUAUCAUAUUGAAGAAGGAGAAGAGUUAUUUUACCAGGUGGAUGGAGACAUGUGCUUGAAGAUAAUUGAAAAUGGAAAUCACAGAGAUAUCCACAUCAGAGAAGGGGAGAUGUUUCUCCUGCCUGCCAGGAUACCUCACUCUCCUCAAAGAUAUGCAGAGACUGUGGGACUCGUCAUCGAGAGGAAAAGGUUAAACACAGAAACAGAUGGACUCAGAUAUUAUGUUGGAGAAUCAACCAACGUCCUAUUUGAAAGAUGGUUUCAUUGUGAGGAUCUUGGCACACAGCUUAUCCCGAUAAUCCAAGAGUUUUUCAGCUCAAUACAAUAUCACACAGGAAAACCAAAUCCAGCUGAUCUCCUGAAAAACACCCCUUUUCCACUAAAUACCAUUGAAGUCAUGGAUCCCUUUUCCUUCCAAACCUGGCUAAAUGAUCAUCGUGGAGAAAUAAAUCAGAAGAAAUCCUUGGCCAUGUUUGCAGACAAUUUUGAGACAGAGGUUGUAGUUUAUGGACCAGGAGUAAGUGAAGAAAGCAAGAAGAAUGCUGAUAUCUGGCUAUGGCAGCUGGAAGGCACAUCCGUUGUCACUAUGGGUGGUAAAGCACUGGGUCUCGCUGCUGGUGACAGCCUGCUCAUCCCUGCUUUGUCUAAGUACCACUGGAAGAGAGCAGAAGGAUGCAUUGCUCUUUACAUUGCUCAAGAUCCAAUACGCAAGAGACCCUACACCUAAUUUCUGGGAACAUGAACUAAAUGUUGGUGAUCAAAAAUUUGUAACACAGAGAAACUGAAUUAUAUGUUUUAAUAAUAAAGUUACAAUGAUAGUUAGGUUUCAGGCAAUAGAUCCAGUUAAACAAAAAACUUGCAUACUAUGUGCCACAUGAUAAAUCGGCACAUAUGAGCUAUUUGGUAAAAAAACUCAGCACAUUCAUUAUUCCAAAAGAAAUGUAAAACUGAUUUAAGUAAUGCAGCCAAAUAUACAGAUCUAGAUAAUUGAUUUUGAAAGCUGAAGCUAGAUAAAUUCAGCUGGGAAAGAAGGUAUUAAUUUUUAACAGUGAGAAUAAGGAGCCAUUGGAACAAGUGCUAAGAGUUGUGGUGUAUUCUCCAUCACGGGCAAUUUUUCAAUCAAGAGUGGAUGUUUUUCUAAAAGAACUGUGCUAGGAAUUUUUUUGGGGAAGUCUGAUAGUUUGUGUUAUACAGGAGCUCAGACUACAUGGUCACACUGGUCCCUUCUGGCCAUGACUCUAUGAAUGCCAACUACAGCAAAUCAAAUACCUUUCCAAAUAGGAAACUCUUCUAGUAACUUAAUGACUUUAGUGGGACAAGUCAUGUGAGUAACCCAUACCCAGUAUGAGCUAUAGGUGAGGCCCAAUGUGACUACAUCAAGGGAUUUAGAUCUGUCUAUCUCAUAUCUGUUAAGCUGCAAUCAUUUUGUGAGCUCACUGGUGAACAUGGAAGCUGUCACAUACGCCAUGUCUAGACUGCAGAGCUUUUCUGGGAUACCACAGCUCUGCCGCAUCCAAGGUAUGCAUCUGCUUUUCAGAACAGUUUCUGAAAAAGUGGACGUGUUCUUUCGGCAUCCCUGUAUUCCUCUCGGUGAGAGGAAUAAGGGAUGUUCUGAAAGAGGAUUUUUUUUCCUAAAUUUGGCCCCCGUGUAGAUGGGCCAAAUUUCAGAAAAGCCUCUUUCCCAAAAAAUUUUUUUUAAAAGAUACGCAAAUUUCAGUUUCCAAUUUGCGUAUCUUUUUCUGACUUUUCUCUGCAGUGUAGACAUAGCCAUACACACUCCCACACAGGCAACUGCAGUGGGGUGGAAAGGGAGCCAUCAUCAAGUCUCCACUAACCUUUUUGGGGCAUAACAAGGGGAUGAUCCUUGUGCUCUCCUGAGCCCCCGUAAGAAAUUGUAGUUGUAGCUCACCAUUUUAUGGUCAUGUUUUCAAGUAAAUUAAAAGAGAUCAUAAAGAUAAAAGACUGGUCAGGAACCACGAUUAUUAAUUAAUACUUCAUACAACAUAUAUUAUUGUAUCUUGCUAUUGUAUAAAUACAGUAUGAUAAAGCACACAGAUUGCCUGUAGUUCUCCAAAUGCCAAAUUUCAUUUAAAAGUGACCAGCUGUUCUUUCAGAAACCUGGAAGGGAUAUCCCUCCUAUCCCCCACUUGAUUUUUACUUUGGAAAUAUCAGGCAUGACAAGUGGUUUUCCCUGGUUUCCUAUAGGGUUUCAAAGAUUUUACAUAGGCCUGCAUAUUGGAUCCUUUUACCAUUGAAACACUGAAAAAAUACACUAGUUAGAAAAGUGGUGUUACCAAAUCUUAAUAUUUGUAUGUUUGUGAAAGUCUAAAAUUACUGUAGCUUGAUUUUUGCAAUUAUAUUAAUAAUUUAACUUAAAAA